AUGGAGAUGAUUUUCGACCAAAUCGACGACACCGUCGGUGUGAUGCGCGACAACAUCAACAAGGUCUCCCAGCGUGGUGAGCGCCUCGAUGCCCUGCAAGACAAGACUGACAACCUGGCCGUCUCUGCCCAGGGCUUCCGCCGCGGCGCCAACCGCGUGCGCAAGCAGAUGUGGUGGAAGGACAUGAAGAUGCGCAUGUGCCUGAUUGCUGGUAUCAUCAUUCUCAUCCUGGUCAUCGUUGUCCCGGCAGUCGUCGCUACGCGCAAGUAA